UAAAUAAAUAAAUAAAUAAGAAUGAGAUGUGUGUGCAGCGUGAGUUCGAUCCCCACGGUGGAGGUGAUCAGAGUCUGACAGCGUGGGAUCGAAGCUGCUGAUCGGCCGGUCACGUAGUGCACGUCGCCCAUUGGCAAUGACAGGAAGCGAGUAUCAGGAAGCAGCGUUUCACAUCAGAUCACCGCCUCCCCACACACACACACACACACACACACACACACACACACACACACACAUAUAUAUACAGACACACCGUGAAGGGGGGGUUUCAAACGCAGGUCCGUGGAAAGAACAGAGGUCGCAAUGAAGCUGGUGGUCUUCCUCCUCCUCUUCCUCCAGCAGUCCGGGUCUGCGGACUGCAGGUGCUUCUGUCAGGUCACAGGAGACCUGGACGACUGCACCUGUGACGUGGAGACCGUCGAUGACUUUAACAACAACCAGCUCUUCCCCAAACUUCAAACUCUGCUGGAGUCGGACUAUUUCAGGUUCUACAAGGUGAACCUGAAUAAGCCGUGUCCGUUCUGGACGUCCAUCAGUCACUGUGGUCUGAGGGACUGCGCUGUGAAGCCCUGCUCUCCUAACGAGGUGCCAGAAGGGAUCCGAUCGUCCUCCCACAACAAGUAUUCAGCAGAAGCAAAUGAGGAGCAGGUUGAUUGUGAGCAGGCGAAGCAUCUCGGGGCUGUGGAUGUUUCUUUAAGCAAGGAGACCAGAGAGGCUCUGCUCAACUGGAGCAAACAUGACGACGAGGCCGAACGCUUCUGCCUGGUUGACGACGAGGGGUCACCAGACUCCCAGUAUGUCGACCUGCUGCUGAACCCGGAGCGCUUCACGGGAUACAGAGGACCGGAAGCCUGGCAGAUCUGGAACAGCAUCUAUGAGGAGAACUGCUUCAAGCCGUAUACAGUCAGGCGUCCACUUGUUCCCAACUCGUUCCACAGCAGCUCAGGAAGUGAAGCAAAGACCUUCUACAGCUGGCUGGAAGGUCAGUGUGUGGAGAAGAGGGCUUUCUACCGGCUCAUCUCUGGCCUCCAUUCCAGCAUCAACAUCCACCUGAGUGCCAGAUACCUCUUGGAUGACAGCUGGUUUCAGAAGAAGUGGGGUCACAACGUGUCUGAGUUCAGGCAGCGCUUUGAUUCGGAGCUGACGGCCGGCGAGGGGCCCAAGAGGCUCCGCAACCUCUACUUCCUGUACCUGAUUGAGCUGCGAGCGCUGGCCAAAGUUCUGCCGUUCUUCCAGCAGCCGUCCUUCCGGCUGUACACCGGCAGACCCGAGGAGGACCAGAAACACAAAGAGCUGCUGCUGCACAUCCUGCAGCUGGCCAGAUCGUUCCCGCUGCACUUCAAUGAGACGUCUCUGUUUGCCGGGGAUGAAAAGGAAGCAGCCAAACUGAAGGAGGACAUCAGACUGGCCUUCCUCAACAUCUCCAGGAUCAUGGACUGUGUGGGCUGCUUCAAAUGUCGACUGUGGGGGAAACUGCAGACUCAGGGAUUAGGAACGUCAUUAAAGAUUUUGUUUUCAGAGCGACAGAUUGAAGCUCUGCCCGCGUCCAGCAACCAGCGACCCAGUUUCCAGCUCAGCCGCCAGGAGAUCGUCUCCCUGCUCAACGCCUUCGGAAGGAUUUCCACGAGCAUCAGAGAGCUGAAGAACUUCAGAGCGCUGCUGGCGGAGGAGCGGUGACGCCACUGAGACACGUUGUCCAAUCGACUCUUCUGCCUUAAGUCCUGCUGAAAUAUCACGUCACAGACCAACAUCAGAGAGUUUAAAUCCUUUCCUCUAGAAUUAAAAAUGAAACAAGAAUAUGUGCCUUCUAUUACUGAUGUGGAGUGAAACUGUAAAAACCUCAGCUGUGAGGAGAGACUGAGGAGUGUAACCUGCUUUAAUGUCAUGUUUUUUAGAAGAAGGAUCAAGAAUUCAAACCACUUCAUGUGAAAACUGUAAAACUGUCUGCUGCUUUGCAUAAUCAAACAUAUUUCUGUACUGGGGCCAGUUGUACAGUGUUUUUGUAAUGGCGUGCCUGCGUCCUGAGGAUGGCGCUGUUUGUAAAGGAAGCUGAUUUAUACUGCUACAUGCAAAAAAAUGUUCUAGCUUUUGAAAGUCAUUAUUUCAUGUAAACAAGAAAAAAAUAUGCAGGUUGUUAAAGUAAAAGUGUAUUGGAAUUAAAUUAAUAUAUUUUUUAGAUAUAUAUUGUUUUUAUUAUUUUCUUCUAUCGCUAUCAGAGGCUUUCAUAAGACCAUGGCCUAUUGCUUAACCUGUGUGUGUGUGUGUGUGUGUGUGUGAGUACAUUAACCCACCCUAUCAGUGGGUCUGGGGGUCAAUGGUGCCUUCAGGUACAGUUUGAGAACUCAAAACAUCCAUGUUCAGAGUGUUUGUUGUUACAAAUAAUGCUUAUAUUGGACCUUGUUUGUGGUAAAUUUUAGGAAUCCGUCAGCAACAAUCACAAAACAUUAUUAAAAUGAUUUUGACACAGAUA